UGGGGGACCUUUUUGAGCGACGCAACGGAGCCACUUCCGGUCCACAUGUAAACGCUGCAGCGUGAUCUGCACGUAGAUGAUAAACUGCGUCUAUAAACUGUAAAGGUUGAAGGAAAAUAGCGUCGAAGCGCUGACAUUUAGCUGCAAACAUGAAGCUGCUCACCCACAACAUGUUGACAUCUCACGUGAAGGGCGUCAUUAAAGGAUACCCGCUGCUCAUCAAGGCGACUGAGGUGAAGAUGAACGAGGUGGAGUUCAACCCUCAGUUUGUCAGCCGGAUGAUUCCCAAACUGGAGUGGAGCGCUCUCGUCCAGGCUGCAGAUGAGUUGGGUCAGCGUCAAGACCUGCCUAGUGAGGUGGUCCCAGAUUAUGAGAAAGACGAGGAGUUCCUGAAGAAAGUUCACAGACUGCUGUUAGAGGUGGAGGUGAUCGAGGGCUGCCUGCAGUGUCCUGAAUCGGGACGAGAGUUCCCGAUCUCCAGAGGAAUCCCCAACAUGCUGCUGAGCGAAGACGAGGCGUAGACGGCGCCGAACGCAACCUCCCCCUGAACCGUCACUCCGAUGGGAUUGUGGGUAUCGGGGAGAGAGAGAGAGAGAGAAGAGAGAGGCUGGACUCUGGUUUAAAGUUGGUGCCAGGGGAAAACUGGCCGCGCUGUUUGGUUGAUUGUAGUUACGACAUUAAAGCGGCUGCCGAUGGCGGAAAAAGAUUCGAAGAAUAACAGAUGGAAAUGUUCCCCGAGAGUAACCCCCAGUGGUUUUUAUCUGUAUUUAUUUUUGUAUCUGUUUUGGGUUCGUUCUUUUUUUGUUUUUCAAUAAAACUGUCCCGAUUUCCAUGACAG